UAAAAUAUACAUGCACUAUUCUUUUUUUGUUUAACAAAGAAUCCACUUUUCGCCCAAAAAAUGAUCGCGCAAUACGGACGUCGCCUUCUCGUGAGUGUCAUUGAGGAGGAGGCUAAAUAUAACCCGGAUCGUGUUUUUGCUUGGAUUCCCAAGACCUCGGAUCUGCAGGACGGGUUUCGUCCGGUCACUUUUAAGCAAAUCAAAGUUGCUAUUGACUGGACGGUUCACUGGAUUCGAGAUAAUUUUGGGGAGACUUCUGUACAUGAGACUGUUUCUUACGUAGGGGUAUCGGAUUUGAGGUAUAAUGUAUUUUUCUAUGCUUCUCUGAAGCUUCGUCUGAAGGUCCUUCUUCCAUCGCCUCGCAACCCCCCUGCUGCCAAUAAAUCCCUCUUCACGCAAACCCAAUGUACAAAACUAGCCUAUUCUUCAGAAAUGACACCAGUUGUGCAUGCCCUUCAGAAAAUCUACAACUCGUUACAUUCCUUCGAGAUUCCCACCCUAGAAGAGCUUCUGACAGAGCAAUCAGAACCUGUUCCUUAUGCACUUGAAUUUUUUGAAGCCCGACGAGAACCUAUCCUUAUAUUACAUUCAUCUGGAUCAACAGGCCUCCCAAAACCAGUUCAAAUGACACACGGCACUUUCGCCGUUACGGAUAACGACCGCAAUGCCACGAGUGUCCCCGGGCGCCGCAAUCAUGACUUGACAACGUGGGAUUUCCCUCCAGGUAGCUGUAUAUACUCACCAUAUCCGUUAUUCCAUUUACUCGGAUUUUUCAAUAGUAUUAUGUUGCCUGUUUACUCUACUACAGUCCCAAUCUUCGGGCCUCCAACGAGAAUUCCAACUGGAAGUCUUGCGGUGCAGAUUCUACGCCUUCUAGAUGUCAGAGGAUGUUUUCUACCUCCUACAAUCGCUGCCGAAUUGUAUAAGGAGCCAGAUGGCCCGGACUUGCUGAAGAAACUUGAUGUGCUCUGCUAUGCAGGAGGGCCAUUACUAGAAGCUGUUGGAAAUGAACUGGUCAAACAUGUGAGAGUUUGCGAAUAUUAUGGCUCUACGGAAAUAGGUCAAAUUCGACAACUUCAGCCGCGACAGGAGAACUGGCAAUACCUUGAAUUUCACCCACAGGCAUCAGUUACAUUUGAUCCAGUCGGAGAUGAUACCUUUGAAUUGGUUGUUCAUGCUGAUGAAAAUAUGGAAGAUAUUUCAAUCUUGCCUCACAACAUGCCUGGUGUUCGUGAGUAUCGGACAAACGAUUUAUUCAAGCCACAUCCAACUGUUCCUGGACUAUGGAAGUUCUAUUCUCGACGGGAUGACAUUAUCGUUCUCUCUAACGGAGAGAAAUUCAAUCCCAUUCCGCUGGAGAGUGGCAUUGAGGCAAUUCCCGGUGUUGCGGGAGCCUUGAUUGUUGGUCAAGGACAGCCACGAGUGGCCUUAAUUGUCGAGCUACGAGCAGACCACGAUCUAGGAACUAAUCCUGUAGAUGGCCUCUGGCCGUGGAUUACGAAGUUAAAUACAAAUACUGCCGGUCCUGGUCGUGUCUCACGAUCGAUGAUACUAAUCGCUAAUAGCGAAAAGCCUCUCACCAGAGGCGGGAAGGGUACCAUUGUUCGUAAAUUAAGCAUAGAAUCUUAUGAGUCUGAAUUAAACGCGUUAUUCAAAGGCUCUAACCGACAGCGAGCGCAGCCAAGGCUCCUGCAACCCACGGCGUUCCGCCUGGAAGAUGUGAAGAGUCUUGUUCAAUCAAUUGUUGAGGAUGCUCUCGAUGGUGAGAGUGUCAGCGACUCGGAGAAUCUAUAUCUCCAAGGAUUGGAUUCAGUCAGGUCUCUGGAAACAGUGUCGCAACUGAAAGAAAGUCUCAAGCCGUAUCAUGCAAGUCAGUCUUUGGCGUGGCUGACACCAGAGGUACUCUAUACUUAUCCAUUGAUCAACGAUCUCGCAGCCAUUUUACUAGACUGGCUGAAUAAAGGUGUGUAUCCAAAGCAGAUGGACAGAGCUGCUAAGAUGAGAGAAACCUUCAACCAGUAUGAAAAGUCUUUGCCAAACAUAUCUCUUUCCUCGGAGACUCCUGAUAAGAACUCUCGAAAGCCCUUGAAUGUUAUUCUGAUAGGCUCAACGGGCUAUUUGGGGCAAUACCUACUUUCAUCACUUUGUCGAGAUCCAAACAUUGGCCGAGUCAUAUGCCUCAAUCGUUCCUCCACUGCACCUGAGAGAUGGGGAGUCUUUUUAUCUGCAAAUGGAAGUGCUAGAAACCAGGAACUGGAGAGUAAGAUUACUUUCAUUCAGGUGGAUUUCACAAAACCGGAGUUCGGACUUUCGGAAAAUGUGUACAGCAAGUUGAAAGAAGAGUGUGAUGUCAUUAUACAUUCUGCAUGGCAGGUCCAUUUCAUACUGCCAUUAGACGCUUUCAAGGAUAGCUUUACUGGUCUGGUGAAUUCAAUCACCCUUGCCACAUUUUCAAAACGACAACCGCAUUUCCUAUAUAUCUCGUCAAUAUCUGCUACUGGUGUCUUUGAACAAAAUCACUCGUCAAGUCAGAAGCUGGUUCCCGAAGAGUUACUUAAUAAUGCUAAUGAACCCUUGAAUAAUGGCUACGGAGAGUCAAAAUACGUGGCAGAGCAUCUUGUCAACGCUGCGAGUGCUAAAUCAGGUAUUGCCGCAAGUAUACUUAGAGUUGGACAGAUUGCACCGGCAUCAUUGGCUACCUUUGACAAAAUAAUCUGGCCUGCAAGCGAUGCAUUGACAGUGUUGUUGAAGACAUGUAAAGCCAUUAAAACGGUGCCAAAUGAUCUGAUGGAUAUCGACUGGCUACCCGUUAAUACCGUUGUUGACUUAAUCCAGGCAAUCAUACGCCACGAUCGUUACUCAACAGCUGUCUCUGGUAAAGUUCAGUUCUAUAAUUUGAUGAACCCCAAUCCAACGUCCUGGCUAGAAGCAAUGCCCACUAUUCAAGAUUGGUGCGGUGGAUCUACAUCUGUCGCAGUCAAACCCUUAAGAGACUGGAUCACAUUCUUAAAAGCUCAGAGCCACGACCUCAACUACAAUCUGGAGCUUCUCCCAGCUCUUCCAUUAGUCAACUUCUUUGAAAUACUUUCCGAAAAAGGUCCUGUGCACAAAUUCUCACAAGGAAAUGUGUUGACGGUUAGUAGGGAUACUGUUGAUAUUAGGCCGGUUGAUGCGAAGCAGUUGGAAGCAUGGCUUGUGGCACUUUCAUGAUGGGUGUGAAUAAUUUCGAUAAAAUGAAAUGUAUAAUCUCGAGGUCGAUCUAUUUGACAAUAGUUUUGAAAUAUUUGAGAAAUUCACUCAGUCUCGGCGCACGAGUUUUCUUUGUUAAAAAUGUAUAAAUAGCGCCAUGUAUAAGCAACCAGAACUAGCAACUCAAGCUGCUAUUUAGGUUGUGCAAUAUCAAAUAUUGCCGUUAUCAUCUUAGCAGGACGAAAGUAUCUUAUGGCAUGGCUAGUAAAUCUUUCUAAGAAAUAUCUAGAAAUGUAAAUCACAAUGGACAUACCAUUCUGCGUCAAAUAGUUUGCAUUAUUGAUAUAAUUAUCAAAAAAAAUCAUUGAUAAUCCUCUUGAUAGCUCAAACAUAGG